AUGUGUGUAGGCAAGGAGGAGGGGAGGAGCGCCUGGAGCGACCGAUACCAGGGCCGUUGGUACCAGGGAGCUGGUGCGGUUGCCCGUGCCGUCUUUCCCAUUGAUGUGCGGUUCUUGUUCGCCCGACCAUCCCGCAAGCAGCAUGGGGAAGACCCUCGCUCUGCCCUGGACCGUCUACUGCAGCUGGGUUUGUUGGUUUCGGCAGUAGCAGGGUGGUUGAGGGCCGCCGCCAAGGAGGCCUAA